UCUCACCGUGUCUCUCUCUCUCUCUCUCUGGUGAGUGCACGCACCCUGUGACAAAAACCUAAAUAAACAGACGAAUGAAGAAUUCAAAGCCUGUGCCCUGCCCUGACCAGAGUGCCUCAUAAGCAGGAACUCAACUGCAGGAGCAAGACCAUUGUGGCACCAGGGACCCAGAGGGGAAGUGGCGACAGGGACGGAAAGCCAGACCGCCUCACACGCACUCAUCUGUGAGAAAGUGCAAAAGCAAGAGAAAAGUGGCUGGGGUGGCAGCCCACGGAGCUCCGAGUGGGACCCAGGGCCAAGUCCUCGGAGCAGACGCGGAACAAGCAGGGUCCGCAACGCCCAGCCAGUGCCCGGAGCCCAGCUCAGACCCCAAACUUUUGGGAGACCCCCUCAUGUAUAGUCUGCCAUGAAUGGGCCCUUACUCUAUGCAGGAACUAUUUUAAGCGUGAAGCCAUCUCACUGAAUCCUCAGGCCUCACCACAAGGACAAUUUGUCGUUCCCAUUUUACAGAGGAGGAAACAGAGAGAGCUCAGUACAGUGAGUGACUUCACCCGCUGCACAGCUAAUAACACUUGGCUGGGUCUAGCCUGAGACUCAGGCCUGACUCCAGAGUCGGACUGGCCACUCUUUGAAGCAAGGCCCCUGGGCAAGCACAUGGAGGGGUGCCAGGUGAUGCAGGCAGCCAAUGGCUCCAAGGACGGCCUGGAUUUCAACCCCAUGGAAGACUACAUGGUCCUGAGCGGCCCCCAGAAGAUAGCUGUCGCGGUGCUGUGCACCCUUCUGGGCCUGCUGAGCGCCCUGGAGAACCUGGCCGUGCUGUUCCUGAUCCUGGCCUCCCAGCGGCUGCGCAGGAAGCCCUCGUACCUGUUCAUCGGCAGCUUGGCUGCAGCCGACCUCCUGGCCAGCGUGAUCUUUGCGUGUAGCUUUGUAAAUUUCCACGUCUUUCGUGGCGUGGACUCCAAGGCUACCUUUCUGCUGAAGAUUGGCAGUGUGACUGUGACCUUCACAGCCUCCGUGGGCAGCCUGCUGCUGACGGCCGUCGACCGCUACCUCUGUCUGCGCUACCCGGCUGCGUGCAGAGCUCUGCUCACCCGCGGGAGGGCCCUGGUGAGCCUGGGCACCGUGUGGGUCCUCUCAGCCUUGGUCUCCUACCUGCCCCUCAUGGGGUGGACCUGCUGCCCCAGUCCCUGCUCGGAGCUCUUCCCUCUGAUCCCCAAUGACUACCUGCUCGGCUGGCUCCUGCUCAUCGCCUUCCUCUUCGCUGGCAUCAUCUACACCUACGGGUACGUCCUCUGGAAGGCCCGCCAGCACGUAGCUAGCUUGGCCGAGCACCAGGACGGGCAGGUGCCAGGAAUGGCCCGGAUGAGGCUGGACAUGAGACUGGCCAAGACCCUGGGGCUGGUGCUGGCUGUGCACGCCGUGUGCUGGUUCCCAGUCCUGGCGCUCAUGGUGCACAGCUUGGUUGCCACGCUAAGCGACCAGGUCAGGAAGGCCUUCGCCUUCUGCUCCAUGCUGUGCCUUGUCAACUCCAUGGUCGACCCUGUCAUCUACGCCCUGAGGAGUGGAGAGAUCCGCUCCUCUGCCCAGCAUUGCCUGGCCCUCUGGAGGCAGUGCCUGAGGGGCCUCGGGGCAGAGGGGAAAGAAGAAGUUCCAAGGUCCUCGGUCACAGAGACAGAGGCUGACGGGAAAUCGCCCCAUGGCUAGAGCCUGGCAGACUCAGAUCUUGAUGGGUCUUUCCUAGUUGCAAACAACCCAGGUCAGAAAUCGUUUCACUCCCUGGAGGCAAGAAAAUGGCCUUGACCCUCCUCUCAUGUGAACCUGCCCCGGACACUCAUGCCUCCUUGCAGAAGUGUUGGGUCUGACUCCUGGGGGACCUGGUCGUGCCCACCUGCACACAGGCUGUUGGACAGCUCGGCCCUUCCAGGAGCGGCGAGGUGGACCAGAGGCAAAGGAACAGGGACAGGCUCAGCUCAAGCUGGUCAGGAAAAUCUUCCCAAAAUGGCUUAGCGCCUGCAGCUUUGAGACCGCGGGGCCAGCUGUGAGGUCUGGGGUCUGGGAGGAAGAAUGGAUUGUCCUGGUGACUCACGGUCUCAGAUGGGACGGCACACCCACCCCGCUCCUGCCUCAUCACUGGGCCUCCUUGGGCCUGGAGCUGUGAGAGGGCCCACCCCAGGUCAUCCUCGUCCUCUGAGGAGCAAGGACUGAGCUGUGUUAACAUCAACAGUGCCCACUUCCUCUUUCAGAGAUGACGUCAAGGCUGCAGCUCAGAGUAGCAGUGUGGCUGGCAAGGGCCCUUCCCGACGUCCUGUGGACGCCACUCACAGCCACGGUGACUGCUUAGGUCUCCAGGGGCAUGCCGAGAAGGCUGGGCUCUUGAGACACAGAAUCCUCAAGGAAUUUUAUUGAAGUCUUGGUUGGUGGCAUUUCUUUUUUUAUUAUUAUUAAAGAAUUGUUUUAUUUAACUUUAUUUUAUUUUUAUUUUUAAUUUGACCAGAAAGGGACAGAGUAAGAGAGAGAGAGAGGGAAAGUAAGAAAGCAAGCCACCAGGUCCGGGACUCAGACAGCAGUCAGCCAUGGGGAGUCCAGCACACGUAACCAUCAAGCCACCUGCUGGCUCGGGUGGUGGCAUUUCUAGAAGCAGGCUGUGGGAGGCUGCACACCAGCGAAUAUGCGGUUUCUCAGAAAGCAAACAAUUACACAAUGCCAAAGGCCAUGAUUGGUUCCCCUUCAAAACCAUACUCUGAUUGGCCACUUCCCAUAAA